AUGUUAGAAUUGCCUAAUGAUAUACCACCAAUAAUUCCACAAGGUUCCAAGAUUUACAAAGAUGAUUGCAUGUAUACAUUUGAUACCCCAGAAAAUAAUGAAUUAGGAAUAGAUAUUGAUUUAAAAACAUAUAAGGCAUAUUCAAGAAAUUCUGAUUAUAAUUUUACAAUACAAAAUUAUGAAAAUACGGGCAAUAAAUAUUAUUUAAAUAUAAAUAAAAUAAGAAAACCUCAAGAAGAAAUUAAUAAAUUGUUGUAUGAUGAUAAUGGUGAAAAGACCUCUAAAAUACCAAAAUUAGAAGUUAAAGAUGUUAAUGUUGAUGAAUAUUAUAAUACUGAAGUUACAAUUUAUGAUGUUGAAGAAGAUAAAUACUACGCAAGAGAUGAAAUAAGUGAACCAUUCAACAAAUUGGUUACUCGAAUACUCGAAUCCAACUCGUCAAACAAGAAUGAUGAAAUAAAACAAUGGGAACAAGAAAUAGUACCAUGUCCUCACUCAAUUGAUGUACAACAAUUUGAAACAACAACAAGACCAGACUUAACUCAAUGCAAUGAAUGUGAACUUAAAGAAAAUUUAUGGAUUUGUUUACAUUGUGGAACAUUAGGUUGUGGAAGACAGCAAUAUGGAUCAUCAAUGAAAGGUAACGGGCACGCCUUAAAACAUUACGAAGAUACUCAACACCCAGUAGCAUUAAAAUUAGGUUCAUUAUCAUCCGAUCCGGAAAGUUGUGACGCUUAUUGUUAUCAAUGUAAUGAUGAAGUUAAAGUCCCCAAUUUAUCAGCAAUUUUACAAAAAUAUGGAAUUGAUUUACAAACUUCAGUGAAGACUGAAAAAUCAUUGAUUGAAUUAAAUAUUGAUCAAAAUAUGAAUUGGGAUUUCAAAGAUGAUGAAAAAUUACAACCUGUUUUUGGUAAAGGAUUAACAGGUUUUGCAAAUUUAGGUAACUCUUGUUACUUGAAUUCUGUAUUACAAUCAUUAUUUGAUUUAAAUCAGUAUAAAGAAUUUUUUAAGGAUAUGGAUUUUGAUUAUAGUGUGAAAAAUCCAGCUGAAGAUUUCAAGAAUCAAUUGAUCAAAAUAUAUGAUGGGAUAUAUAGUGGGAGAUAUUCCAAGAGUGGGUCCUUGAAAGGAGAAGAUUAUCAAAUUGGUAUCAAACCAUCAACUUUUAAAACCUUGAUUGGUCGAAAUCACGUUGAAUUCCAAACUUCAAAACAACAAGAUGCUUUCGAGUUUUUGUUAUACUUGAUGGAAAAAUUAGAUGAAAAUUUUGGGUUAACAUUAAAUGAAAAAUUCAGCUUUUUGUUUACUGACAAAGUAGUUUGUUCAAAUUGUAAACAUGGUUCCAUAAAAGAUGAAAUUAUAGAUAACAUAUCAGUACCUAUAAAUGAUGAAGUUUUAGAAGUCAAAGAUGGUAAAAAAAUAUACAAAAAGACAAAUUUAACCAAUAGUUUCAAGCAAUUAACAUCACCAGAAAUUAUAGAAGGUUUUAAAUGUGAUAACUGUAACGCUUCACAAUCAGCUAUAAAAACAAGUGGGUUUAAAACAUUCCCCAGAUAUUUAAUUGUAAAUGCUCAAAGAAUAAAAUUAGAAAAUUGGACACCUUUAAAAAUAGACGUGCCAGUUGAGAUACCGUAUGAUUUAAAUUUAUCAGAAUUUUCAGCUCCUACGUUCUCAGGCGAAGAAGUAGAAGUUGAAUCAAAAGCAACAGAAAGCUUAACAUCUUUUCAACCAAAUCAAGAAGCAUUAGAUACAUUAUUAGCAAUGGGAUUCCCAGAACCAAGAUGUAUUAGAGCAUUAUAUACAACUGGUAAUAAAGAUCCAGAAACUGCAAUGAAUUGGUUAUUUGAACAUAUGGAAGACUCAAAUAUAGAUGAUCCAUUAGAUUUAACUUCAACAACUACAACCGCACCAACAACAAAUGAACCAUCAGAAGAAUCAGUGAACAACCUAAUGGCAAUGGGAUUUUCUCAUCAAUUAUCAAAAAAAGCACUUCACGUAAAUAAUGGAGACCCCAAUGCUGCAGUAGAAUGGUUAUUCACAAAUCCAGAAGAUGAUGGUACAAUAGAAGAAUCAACACAACCCAAGAUAGAUACAAAAAAGGAAAAAUUAGAAUUAUUCAACCAGUUAAAAUCUCAACCUUCUGGUUCAGCUAAAUACAUUAUAAAAUCUGUAAUUUGUCACAAGGGUUCAUCACCACAUACUGGUCAUUAUGUUUCAUUUGUUAGAAAAAAUAUAGAUGGUAUUACACGAUGGGUGUUGUUUAAUGAUGAAAAAGUUGUAUUGUGUGGUGAUUCUUUGGAUGAUAUUGAAAAUAACUCAUAUAUUUAUAUAUUUGAACAAAUAUAA